AUGGUCAUCAACCCCGAUCACCUAUUUACAAAAAUCUCAGAUAAUCCCAACGACCAUGAGUCCCAUGCCCUAGCGGCUGCACUAUGUGCUGCCACCAUAGCUCAACUAAGACUACCAGAACAUGCUGGCCCACGAAAUACUCCUUCAUCUCUUCAGUUUGCUACCGAGUGUCUUCAGCUAAGAGAACUUUAUGAUUACCGAGAGAGCUACAGUAUAGCUUCUGCACUUAUACCUUUCUUUCUUCAUGUUUACCACUCCAACGGCAAUAAGCUACGAACUGCUGGUCUGUUUCUAAGAGAAGCUGUGACGCAAGUUCAGCUCAUGCAACUUGGUUACCCUGAGACUUAUUGCCAUCUUACUAAGCAGGAGCAAUCACUUCGACUCCGCAUAUACUGGCUUGUUCUCAUCACUGAGAGAACGUAUUCUGCACAGCAUGGUUUGCAAGCAGUUCUCCAAGUCAUCGAUGUCUUCCCAGACACGCAAGACGACAUGGCAGAUGAACAACGAAUGCAAGCUUUCAUCUCCCUCACAAGACUCUUUGCGUAUCUCGAGAGCAACUUGACAACAAUUUCAUCCAACCAACAGCCCCUCGAGAGGCAAAAACUGGUAUCAUACCAAGCCGCUCUGUGCCUAGACGCACACGACCACGCUGCCCGUGAAGCUCAAAGAGUCGACUUAUUCGUCACCCGCCAAUGGAUCAGACUCAUUCUAUGGGAGUAUACGGCUCGUCAUUUUGCAAUGUCGUGUUACCCAGAUGACGAAGCUUUCUCUCUUUUUCUUCCAGUCAAGAUUGGCCACAAGAUGCUCUCGCUUUUUUCAAUGGUGACAAACUCUGCCAUCACAACCCACGGAUAUGGUAUCGUAAGUGGCAAAUAG